AGUAGCAGUAGCCGCUUUAGCGGAGACGGAGAUGGGCAGAGAGCGCGCGAGGCGCAGCAGCUCCAGAUCCUCGGCUCUCCCCGCCCUCAGUUCCCUGCGCCCCCGCUGUCUCUGCCUUGGCGUCCCCCGACUCCAGUUCCGCUCCUAGGACAGCGCCGCCACCGCCGCCCGGCCCUGCCUGCAGCCUGCGCCGCGCAACCCUCGCGUGCGCCCGGGAUGGCGCUUUCCCCCCAGGACUGGUUUAGAAUGUAAUAACUCAAGAAUUCGAUAACACAGUGGAAUAGUUUAACAACUGUUUAUGUGCUUCCCAUGAUAUGUUCUCUGUAUUAAAAAAUUAUGACAUCAACAUCCAAAGGAAUUCUCCGCCCAUUUUUAAUUGUCUGCAUUAUCUUGGGCUGCUUCAUGGCAUGUCUGCUUAUUUACAUCAAGCCCACCAACAGCUGGAUUUUCAGCCCAAUGGAGUCAGCCAGCUCAGUGCUAAAAAUGAAAAAUUUCUUCUCCACCAAAACUGAUUAUUUUAAUGAAACUACUAUUUUGGUGUGGGUGUGGCCUUUUGGGCAAACCUUUGACCUUACAUCCUGCCAAGCAAUGUUCAAUAUCCAAGGAUGUCAUCUCACAACAGACCGUUCACUGUACAACAAAUCUCACGCAGUCCUGAUACAUCACCGAGACAUCAGCUGGGAUCUGACUAAUUUACCUCAGCAGACCAGACCGCCCUUCCAGAAAUGGAUUUGGAUGAAUUUGGAAUCACCAACUCAUACUCCCCAGAAGAGUGGUAUUGAGCAUCUGUUCAACCUGACUCUAACCUACCGCCGUGACUCAGAUAUCCAAGUGCCUUAUGGCUUCUUGACGGUGAGCACAAACCCCUUCGUGUUUGAAGUGCCAAGCAAAGAGAAGUUGGUGUGUUGGGUUGUAAGUAACUGGAACCCUGAACAUGCCAGGGUCAAGUAUUACAAUGAGCUAAGCAAAAGUAUUGAAAUCCACACCUAUGGGCAAGCAUUUGGAGAAUAUGUGAAUGAUAAAAAUUUGAUUCCUACCAUCUCUACAUGUAAAUUUUAUCUCUCUUUUGAAAACUCAAUCCACAAAGAUUACAUCACAGAAAAGCUCUACAAUGCUUUUUUGGCUGGCUCUGUACCUGUUGUUCUGGGACCAUCUAGGGAAAACUAUGAGAAUUAUAUUCCAGCAGAUUCGUUCAUUCAUGUGGAAGAUUAUAACUCUCCCAGUGAGCUAGCCAAGUAUCUAAAGGAAGUCGACAAAAACAAUAAGUUAUACCUUAGUUACUUUAACUGGAGGAAAGAUUUCACUGUAAAUCUUCCACGGUUUUGGGAAUCACAUGCAUGCUUGGCUUGUGAUCAUGUAAAAAGGCAUCAAGAAUACAAGUCCGUUGGCAAUUUAGAGAAAUGGUUUUGGAAUUAA